ACAAUUUUUUUAAAAUGUUAAACUAAAAAAAUACUGCGUCAUUCCUUUUUUCCUAUUCCUUUGCUGCCAAGCUUCACCACUGAUCUCUCUCUACUUCCACCAUCGUCUUCUUCCUUCCACCGUCGCACCGUCAAACAGAACAACCAAUCUCUAUUGUUAGGGUUUUUGAAUUUUUAUUUGUGAUUUUUUAAUUUGACAUUAGUUGUAUUAAAUUUGUUGAUUGAUUAUGAAAUUGGAACUAUGAGGACUAUAUUUGUAUUGUUAAAAAUCACUUUUAUCGUUUUUGAUAGAUCCAAAACUUUGAAUUUUUAGAUUGUUUGUUGUUGUUAUUGUUGAUAAUCUUUCUUUAUUUUAUGAUCACAUCAAAUUUGUUAUAUUAUACUAACACCUGGAGACCGGAAACACGACACUGAAUGUAUACCAAUAAUAAUUUGAAUUGAAAAACAAAUCAAUUAAACAUAAUCAUUAGUAUCGGUGUCGGUUUUGAACAUCAACACUGACACAGACACUUUUUUUCUUUUCAUGUUCAUCAGUUUUGGAUUUGUUGUGUUGAAUUAUAUAAUUCCAAUAUUCAGUAUAUACCAUGAUCAUAUUAACAAUGGUGUGAAUUUGACGUGCCUAUGGUCUAUGGAUAUUGUGUUUUGGCAAAAAUGGUUUGUUUGAUUAGAAUAUGAAUGUGUUUAUCAUUUUUUUUAUUAAGUGUUUACCAUUAUUCUAUUUUGAAGAAUGUAGUAAUUUUAGAAAUGUAUUUUCCUUGGUAAUAAUUAUGUUUUUUUAUGACGAUAAUGUGGUUUUUGCAUGAUCUUUUAGCAGGGAAGGUUGGUGCGUCUUUUUUGAAAAUGAGUUGGGAUAUGGAGCUAGAUCGUCUAUUGGGGGAUUUAAAUGACUCUUCGUCGCCGAGACAAAAUAUUCUCGAGCCUUGGGAAAACUGGAGAGGUGGUGAUUGCAGAGAAGCUUUGAAAGUGCCAGAUUCAUGGCAUGAUGUCAUUGAGAGUUCUAGUUGUAGCUCCUUUGGUGAUACAACUACUGCUGCUUCCUUCGGUGAACCAGAAGUUGAAUCGCGAAUGUUUACUGACAGUGCGUCUUUGUUAAUGUUUGAUGGCGGGCAUGAACCACUCCGUCAAAGAAAGAAAAGGAAGACAACAGCUCAUUGGAGGAGGUUCAUAAGUCCUGUUAUGUCGCGCUGUAAGUGGGUUGAGUUGAAACUGAAUCAACUUAAGUCUCAAGAACAUAAAUAUGCUAAAGAGCUUGCGGCACUCGAUUAUACACAAGAUAUUAAUAAAGACAUGAAGAGGAAAAAACGAAGAAGAGUUGAAGAGAAUUGUGAUUUAGCAUCAUACAUGUCUAACCAUACUUUAUUCUCUUACUAUGAGAAAGCCGAUUGUAAUGUUGAUGCUGGUUUGGAAGAUUGUCAUGAAGUUGUCACAGGUGGUGAAAGUAAAAAUUCGGUAGAGUUCAAGUCGAAUGAUUUAUGGUCUUCUGUAGGUAAUUAUGGUAAUGAUAAAUCCUGGGAUGAUGCCAUUCAAAAGAUUAUAGCUUUAGAGUCUCAACUUCAAAUUUUGAAAUCUAGACAUGACAAGGUGAUUAGUGAAAAUCAAGGAAGGUUUUGUUCAGUAAACCAAUCAAGCAUGCUUGAACCAUCUUAUGGAUAUAAUCAUCCUGAUUCUUUUACUGGAAAUGCAUCAUCAGGUGAUGACAGAGUUGUUCUCCUUUCUAAAACCACUAAUCGGCCUCAAAUGGACGAUCCACGGGACAAUAUCAAUGUUGAAGAUUUUACACAGUAUCAGACACUUAAGGAAGGUUUUCAUGAAUUAGAAAAUGUUGGAAAUAAACUUGUAAAGCAAAUCGAAUCAUUUGGAGAGAUUAAAGAGAUUUUGAAGUUUCAUGGUUCGGAGUCCGACAACUAUGAAAAUGCUGUGCACAAUGGCAAUGUGCGUUCUAAUUUGAAAUCAUGUUCUACAUUAAAAUCAAAGGUCCCUAGACAUGAAAGGAAAAGAAAGAAGAUAUCUGGUUCAAAGAGGUCAAGGAGAUCCGGUUAAACUGAAUCUCAUUCGAAAAUGGAAGCUACUUCAGUGAGAAGCAAAUUGAUCAAUCAAUUUUUGCAUCUCCUUAAAGUAUUGAUUUGGCACACAAGUGUUAGUUAUUCUUUUAUUUUUUUGGUCAAGUAGUCUAAUAGUCAGAAUUUUCCUCGUGAAUAAGUAGAAUGUCGCAGAUUUGAACUUGCGCCUCUGCAAUCAGAUGUCUCUGCAGCUAUCAACUGAUCUAAUUAAUAUGAUGUGUUAGUCAAUAAGUAAUAUGAAUUUCACUCUCGU